ACGAAUGCAUUGAACGAAUUUUCCCCUGGCCGUUCCAGGGUAGGUUUAGUACGGCGAGGGUAGCCGGCGGGAGCGGUCGCGCGGUCGAGUCACGUACGCAGGAGCGAUUAAAAAUCUCGAAUCGGAAUACGAAUUCGGUAGGAAACGGUAGCGUUCUAUUUUUAAAAGUGUUAUGAAUCAGUGUGUCCCGGAUGCCUGCGGGAGCGAGCGGCGCUGAGAGCGGCCUGCAGUAAGAUCACCAACAUGGCUCGGUCAGCCCCGAAGCUGGCCCUGGGCGUGAUGGAGCGCGUGCGGCACGGGCGGGCGGCCUCAAGAGCCCCCGACGCGCCCGCCGCCGCCGCCACCGCCGCGCCCCCCACCGCCGCCACCAUCGCCGGGCCCCCGGCCAACGGCAAGAGACCCACACCCAUCGUCAUAUACCCUACAGUGUCGCCGGAGUCGAUCGUGGUGCCGAUAGUGUCGUGCAUCUUCGGGUUCCCGCUGCUGGCGCUCACCGUCAUCUGCUGCCUGCGCCGCCGCGCCAAGCUCGCCAGGGAGCGCGCCCGGCGGCGCAACUGCGAGCUGGACCGCGGGGAGCUGUCCGUGGUGCGCCUGUCCCCGGUGAAGGCGCGGCUGCGCGCCGUGAGCCUGGUGCGGCCCCCGCGCGCCGCCGAGCUGGACACUGUGCUGGAGGAGCGCUCCGACCCCGAGCAGACCACGCUCUCGCAGGUGGAGACGACGCCGGACCGCGAGGUGGGUGCGCUGCUGUGCGGGGGCGGGGGCGGCGGCGGCGGGGCCGCGCUGGCGGGGGCGCUGGGGGGCGGCAGCUAGCGGCGCGGCUCGGCGGCGGUGGGUGCGCGCUCGCCGCUGUGGGCCGCGCUCACCAGCCAGCCGCUCGACGAGGACGACGACCCCGCCGCCGACGACAGCUAGCCCCGCCUGGAGGAGCACGUCGUCGCCGACAUCGGCGAGCGGAUGAAGCUCUUCCUCGACAUACCCCUGCGAUUCUAAACACAAUCUAGCGAUGGACUACCGACGUGACCUCAGUUCGAGAGUCAAUCGAACAGUGCUGACUCAUGGUUCCCGUUAAGUGACAAGUGACUCGUGUAAAUGAUGGACCUUAAAUAAAUGGCUUCGGCCCGACACGCCUACGCUUACAAAAAUAUCAUAUAGAUGGAUAGACGUAUUUGAAUAUGUAGUACACGAUAGGUCAAGUAGCUGUCGGCGGCGUGUAGUACGUAGAGGGCUUUCAGUCGUCCCUGCAGGCGCGGGGCGCGCCCAGGGCAAGUGGAAAUGGGUCACACACACAGCUGAAAAAAUAGAUACUGUUGGAUUAUCGAAAGUUUAUAACGGCUUAUUUAUAUUUGUAAAAAAUACUUAGGUGUUGUAUGGGAUAGAUGGGUCUUCAAAGUGUUCAAUAUCAUAUCGGCGAAAUAAAAUUAAAACGAGAACCUUCUAUUACGAAAUGAAAAUGUUGUAAUUCUAUGUAGGCGUUCGAGCGAGAGUGUGCAUAAUCUAAACAAUCAAUGUACAAAUAAGUCAAAGCAACGCGAUUUAUAAUCAGCCUCUAGCUACUGUCAGACAUUUUCAUAAAGAGGUAAAGGUUUUGGAGGCUCCCCAGUGACCAAGCAUUUAGAAUCGUAGGUAGCACUUAGAUUAAAAGAAAAGCAAAAGAUUGUAUUUAAGUGUAUUGAAUAUAGAUUUAUUACCUACUGAAUAGAUGAAACUUGUCAAUGUGAUGUCGUUAAUGUUAUUGAAGAAUGUAUCAAUGUAAUAAAUGUCCACAUCUCAGUAAAUCGUUGCGAUAUGUAAUCGUUCGAUUCUCCGUAUGUAGUACCCACCUACCUGCCUACGUAGCUAGAUACCUACUCUCUGAAGAGAUUGUAAUCACUGAAGUUACUCAAAGCCCUUUUGUAGUUCUGCCCUUCAAUGCACACCUUUCUAUUAAUAUUAAUAUCAUAAGUAUAUUAUGUGGCUUCAUCGAAUUAUGAAUAAGUUUUUAAUUUAUUUGUCGUUGUAAUUUCACAAUCAUAGAUUUAUUGUAAUUUAUUAAAAGAUUAAAUUAUUAUGUUGAUGUAA